AUGCCUCGCAGCAAGCUGCCCUUUCGAUCGAGCUCUGUCAAGGCCGUGGGCUCCAACCUCUUCUCCCGAGGCCGUCGCGACGAUGCACACAAGGAUAUGGUGAAGCAAUCGGGCGAGCCACGGCGUCGUCGGGCGUCUAUUUCGGCGGGCGAGCGGCCGACUCCGGAAUUCCAGCGGCAAUCUGGGGCGAAAGAUUUCAGGUCGCACCAGGAGGUUCAGAGGCCGACGAUGCCGCCCCCAUCGGCUUCAUCCAGCAGGGCUCGAAGCCCGCCACGACGAGAGUCCUUAUCUCGAGGAUCUGUAUCACCUCAUUCUCGCCAGAGAGUAUCAGGCGGUGGAGAUGCUCGUCGCAGCCACCAGUCCCGAUCGCCUCCCCGACGACGAUAUUCCUCUUCGGAAAUUCCUCGACCACGAGAUAUGACGCAUCAACCUCAGUCGCCAGCGCCUUCACGAUCGCAACGGAGUGGCAGUCAUGACCGGCGUGAUCGACAUGGAUAUGGGGGUGCAGUAGCUACAGGCGUACCUCCGUCCUCUCCCCAUCUUGCGCCCAAAGCUGAAUGGAACAGCUCUUCUUCAAGGGAGGCUCGGCAAGAGGCCCGACGAUAUCCGCCUUCAGCAUCGGCAAAUAAUAGACCGCAGCCUGCGAAGCGAGGCAGCUCUCCCUAUCAGAGACCGUCUACAGCUUCUGAUAGCCAUCGCCCUGCUUCCGAUAGAUAUCGCUCCGCUUCGGUAGAUGGCUACGAUAGAAAUUCUCAUUCUCAGCCAAGCUCUUCCCAGCAACCAACAUCGCCCUCUCGCCGUCCGAAGCAUGAGCGCAGAGGCUCAGACAGCUUCUUCAGCAAAUUCCCAACUUCAUUUGCGACAUAUGCGGGAAUUCGUGCGCUUUCGGAGCAUGCCGACAAGGCAAAAGAAUGGGUUGAGUGGUUCAACGACGUAAACGACGCCCCGGAUGAGAUCCGCGCUCUCUCUACUCGGAUAUCCACCACGCGUGACACUAUUCAGCAGAUGAAAGAAUGCCUAGAGGCCAGGCCAGACCUCAUUGAGGACGAAUCAGGACAGGUCCUCAAGUCUCACAUUGAAGACGCCAUCGAAAGCACUAGUGAGACAUUGAAGAAGAUGACGAAAUUGCUGGCGAGUUUUUCUGGAGCUGCCAAGCAAGACAGCACAGCUCUUGGACGCUUGGAAGGCUUCUGGCAUUCGUACAAUUACAAAAACGAGGGUGAGGAGCAGAUUAAAGCCGCCGAUGCCGAGUUGCAACAACAGUUGCUGCAACUUGGUACUCUCAUGUCAAAUAUCUACGCUCGAGCUUUGAAAAGACCAUCACCAGGCAUCUCCACACCAAAUGCAUCUACGCCCCCUCAAACGGCGGCAAGGAUGAACCCUCCGCUAAACACAUCAAUACCGAUGCAGCAGCCAGCAACUUCAAUACCCAGCCGACCUCCCCCAUCACCACAAUUGUCUCCCAAAUCCAAAGGACAUUUUGAGGCAACUGGAAUUUCUCCAAAAGUCGUCCCAAAUCCGCCGACUCCUCCGCGCUCAGAACCAUCAGUUGAGCCGCCGCCUCAGUCUCAUGGCUCUGCCAAUACAAGCACAACGGGCCUUGAUCCGCGUAAUACAAAUCCACUUCCGAAUCCAAAAGAUAUCCUGCUGGAUGCUGCUUGGGAAGGCGACGUCAAAACUGUGGCCAACUGCAUGCGCCAAGCGCCUCCCGACUCAUGCGAUCCUCAUGGACUGACACCAUUGCAUCUCGCUGUCGAGCGUGACCAUAUGGCCGUCGCCAUGUAUCUUCUUGAUCAUGGCGCAAAUGUUCACGCUCGUGCUGACGGUGGCUGCAUGCCUCUUCACUUGGCUGCGCGUUAUUCAACUGCUGCCACAGUAGAGAUGCUUAUCGAGCGCGGCAAGGCUGAUCCCAACUGCCAGACCACUGAUGGAAGAACACCACUUCACUAUGCUGCUAGAUCUGCCGAGGAUGGAGAUUCGGAACGACGAGAAGUGAUUCGCGCAUUACGCGAUUUGGGGGCCAAUCCUACGAUCCAGAAUAGAAGAGGCGAAUUGGCUAGAAAUGUGGCUGAGAAGAGAGACUACUGGGAUGCGGCUGCAACACUGAGAAGAGCUGAACAAAGGUGGGAGCAACGGCAGCAGCAGGAGUUACACAAGCAGCAGCAGCAACAACGAGAACAACAACAGAGAGAGCAGCAACAGAGAGAGCAGCAACAGAGAGAACAGCAACAGAGAGAACAGCAACAGAGAGAACAACAACAGAGGGAACAACAGCAGAGGGAACAACAGCAGAGAGAACAACAACUGCGGGAACAACAACUACGAGAACAACAACUACGAGAACAGCAGCUGCGAGAGCAGAAGCAUCAACAACAACUCAGAGAAGAAGCCACGAGAAACACAAGAGAGAGCAAUCCACCGAAAAAAGAGGGCAGUUGGCUGCAAAGGUACAGGCUAAGGAAAUAA